UGCUGCGGAGGGGCGGGGCCGCAUUCAGGGGCUGUGUGGAGAGAGGGAGCCAGGGAGUGAGAAAGCAGAGGGAGAGGAGAGAGAAAAAAUAGACUGUAGGGAUGUGUGUGUGAGUGUGCGGUGCUGCAGGUACAGUCAGAGCCGGAUACAGGUUUUAGAGCCGCACCGGACCGCGGCAAAACCGCCUCGGAGCCUUCCUCUCUCCUCUUUAUCCCCUCCAAACAACCCUCCGAAAUGUCUGGCGGAGGAGAGGUACGCGUCCUCCGCCAAGAGGCCGGGCAAGAGAGCCCGAGGAUGCCGGCCUGGAAGCGAGAGAUCCUGGAGAGGAGGAAAGCGAAGGGCGGCGGGUCUGGAGGAGCUGGUUCCGCGGAGACAAGCCCCGGCGGUGCGGGCCCGCAGCGGGUUAACGGCGAGUUGACGGGAAAUGUGAAUGGCAGUGGUAGCAGCAUACCCACGAGUGACAGCGGACCGAGCGGCGGGUCCGGUCGGAACUAUUCCAUCACCACAGCCAGCCAACACUUCGCGAACAACAAAGAGCCACGGCCGACGGCCGCGGAGAGAACGAUUUCGAGGGAGGACUACAGACAGGAGAGCUUGGUGCUACAGGAAAGCCUCGGCCCGCUGGAGGAGAACCCGUUCAUCAAGCUGGAGAAGGAGCGGAGGAGGCGACAGGACCGAGAAAACGCCGCUCGUCCGGUCCAGCACAUCCUGGAGCUGUACGGCAGCGUACCCGGUAUACGGACCAUCCGCGCUGAGAAUAUUAUCAUAAUUGAGUCGGAUCCGGAUUACUUCCCGGAAGCUGGAGGGGUACAAACCGGGUCUAAAUGGCAACAAAACGGUGUCAGUAGUUAUAGCUCACUGAACGACCUCCUGGACCGGAGAGGGAGUGCUGUUACUGAGAUAAGAGCCAAGGAAGUGGUAAUUUAUGACACCACAUUAAGCAAGAGUGAGGAGAACUUGAGCACCCUGGGCCGCCCUGAUCAUGAGGUUCUAUCAUAUGAGACAGGUGAGGGUCAAGGCAGGGUUAGCCGGAUGCUGCAGAAGUUUGACAGCAACUACGGGAAGCUGCAGAAGAAGUCCCACAGCACAGAGAACCUGCUCGACCUGGACUGCAGUGCCAGCAGCAGGCCAAGACUCUGGUCCAAGCCACAGCCAGAUCUGGUGCCAAAGCCCAGGCUAGGCCCGUCGGUCAGCAGCCCGUGCAGCAGCCAGCCAUCGUCACCUGUCUUCCAGAGUCCCUGGUCUUCCAAACCAAAGCCGCAGCCAGCUGUCUCUGAGCUGGGCAGCCCUCCUCAGUCUGUGUCUUCCUUCCGUCAGCGGUUUGAGGAGAGUGGAGGCCGUGACACAGCUGUCACCCCCAGAGAUGAGACAGACAGGGGGCAAACCAAGACCACCAGAGAGAGAGACUGGGAGAGCGCCGAGGUGCCACCCAAACCCAAGGUGCCAUGCUCUCCGGAGAUCCUUCGUGCCCGUGCCGAGUCCCCCUCAAGCCCCAUCUCAUCCAAGGUGUCGUGCUCCUCACCUGACUUUGAGAUCUGUCCCUCCCCAAAGCCAGACCUCGCCCGAAUUCCUGAUGGGGACACCCAGGCACGGGCCCUCGCAAACCUGCGCCUGCAGUCCAGAAACUCCUUCACAGUCAUCCCCAAGCGCCGUCUUGCUGCCUCAUCUGCAACAGGCAACCCGGUUCCGUCCAGCCCCGUCAAGUCUUCCCCCUCCCACAGAGUGGCAGAGGUGCCCACGCCAGGUGUGCCAACCUCCCACGCCCCUUUGUCCACUGUGACACCCUCAAAGAGGAAUGAGGAGAAACUGCAGAAGGAGAAGGAUGUCGAGAGGCUGGCGAGGCCAUCCAAGCCUGAACCAUCUCCUUCUGUUGCCACAAGUCCUGCUCCUCCUCCGACCUCAGAACCUUUGCCUCCAUCUCCUGCUCAAACCCCAGGUCCCUCCUCUCCACCUGCUCUGUCUUCACCCCCCUCUUCUCCGGCUGUCCCAUCUUCACCUUCCUUCUCUCCGGUUCCCUCAGACUCCCCUGCCCCGUCUCCUAUCCCUUUUACCCCCUCCCCGGCUCCAGAACAACCUCCCGUGGAUCAUCUUCCUGUAACAAACAUAGACGACAUUGAAGUGGAGCCCCCGCUGCGUGUCCCUGCUCCCAGCCCCAUGGUGCAGAGGAGAAAGGGGAACACCUUCACUGUGGUGCCUAAACGUAGGGUGGAGCCCGAGGCCCAGCCAAGCUCACCUGAGCCCCAGCAGGAAGCCUCAAGUGAGGCUCCACCAGGGUCUGCACCCCCACAGGCCCCGUACGCUCAGCUGGGCUCCCUGCUGAAGAAACGCUACCCCGCUGUGGAGGAGAUUGAAGUCAUCGGCGGGUACCUUUCCCUUGCGAAGUCCUGCCUCUCCAAGACGGGCUCCACGGGCAAGAAGCUCAAGAUCUCUUUCAAUGAGUCGAGUCUCAAAAGUACGUACGAGUAUCCAUCAGAGAGCAGCGCGUGGGACAGCGGGGAGGAGGACGAGGAGGAGAAACGAGAUGGGAAGGUGGCUGAUGAACAGCCAAGCAUGGUGGGACGCAUUCACAUCCCUCGACCCAGUUUCACCAGCUCGCCCACGCACACGACCAACAGCAAUGACCUUUCCAGCUACGUUCCCAAGCACUCGGUGGACUUCAGCGCCUGGCAGGAGCACAAACAUGAUGACAGUGUUUACCAGGAGGACAGCACUUCCCAACAGACACAGAUGACAGAGGAAGUUAUGCUCACACCGGCAGACAGCUCCUCCCUGUCUGACUACAGCAGCGAGCCCGCUCUUUACUUCUGAUCAGUCAGACCAAUCAGCUGUACAGUAGCAUCACACCUGUGGGACCAGACUGCAGCCAGAGCCCAGCGAGGUCUGUCACACCUGGGCCUGAACUGCCUCCAGCUCUACACUCCAGCCGUCUCUAAGCACAUCUUCCUGAUCAGACAGGAGACACAGUGUUUUGUGUUUUUUUUUUUGCUGUUUUCCUGCCACGGUACCACUACACGCUACAUAAUGGCGUGGCUGAUGUUCGAUUCCCACCUUUUUCCUGACCUGACACAACAAAUCCAAAAGCAGCUGGACUGUCUUUCCUCUACAAUCCUGGACAGUUAAUCUGUCAGCAUCCCUCCUUCCUUAUCCUCACUAGCAAAAUAUCUGACAGAAUCAAAUCCAUUGUCAAAAUCUAGAGAGACAUCUGUCUUCCUCUCCGCACUCUGUAGGAAGUUGGCUGGCUUCACGUCCCUCCUGUGAUUCUCUGCUUCCAAGUCAGCGUCUCAACUUCAACAUUUGCUUCAGGUUUUUUUUUGGUUUUUUGGGAGAUGUUGACAAGCGAAGGAGCUGAAAGCGAGUGACCAAACUCCUUACAGGAACAGGAAAGCCACCAGUGCCCAUGUGUAGGUAAUGCCACAGUAACAGAGCUCAGUGUUAGCAUGGAAACAUGUCAUUAGGAAGUUUUCCAAAAAUGUAGGACGUGUAGGACACGUCCGCUUGUGUAGAUCACUGGCACACUCAUACACAAAAACAAAAAAUGGUGAAAUUGGGUGCCACAAUUGUAGUUUUUUGUCUUGUCUUUGUUUUUGUACCUGCAUGUUUUGAUUUCAGCCAACAGCUUUGUUGGUUCUCUUUUACUGUAACGCUUCUGUAUGCCUUUUAGGUUUUGUAUGUUUUCCGGCAAACUAUGCUGUAUUGAAGCUGCUGGAUGUUUGGUAGAAGAGUUUCAACAGCAAGCAAACUUCAACACACUUACCUUCUUUGUGACAAGGGAGGGAAAAUAUGCACCCCAGGGAAUAUUUAUGUCAAUCAGUAGCAACUUUCUGAUUGAACACUUGAAAAAGUGACCUUGGCCAAUAAUGUCUGUAUGUCCGUAUUGCUGGUGACAAACAAAAUCAUUAUACUGUAGAAUGUUUUCUGUAUAUCCUGUAUUAAGGUAUCUGUGUCAUGUUUCUCAAAAGUUUUUAGACCUCCUGACACCUUUUUUCUGGCUUCUCGUGUAUUUAUGCCUGCUUAAAGUUGAAGUUUGCAUGUCUGAGACCUGCUCAUGUACAAAAGACAUUUUUGUCAAGUCAAAUUUGCUGGUGUGGAAGGAACCGGACUGGUGCAAACGGCCCCACCGGAUGUUUUUUUGUUGUUUUGUUUUCCAGUCGGACCUCAUGUACUUUCACAUUCCACAGAGAAAGAAGCCGGUCCAUUGAAGUAAUGAGGGCAACAAUGAUUAUGAUCAUUUUGUAAUAUGGCACGUUUGUGAGAGUGAAUGCAAGAUUGUGUGUGUUUGAAAGAAUAUGUAAUGAUUUUUUUUAAUUAAGAUUGUUUUAUAUACAAGAAUGCACCAAGUUUUCAGAUUUCUUUUUUUUUUUAAACUCAUAAUGCCAACGGAUUAAAGUGUUGCUGUAACAGCCUCACAUUCAUUCUUUACCCAGGAUCGACCCUUCGGCCAGUAUUGUUGUACAGUUUCCACCAUAUUUUCAUAAGUAUGAAGAUGUAUUUCUUACUCCUGUCUUUCUUUUUUUUAUUUCUUCAAUCAGAUGAAAGUUGUUCAGUCCUCAAGGUUGGAUUUUGCUGUUAGGAGAUGAAACGUUUUGUCUUUGUCUGAUGAAUUUAGGAAUUAUCUGUUUUGUCUGGAGUCUUGGAUGUUAAAUGUGUUUGCACAGUCAUGCUUUUAGCUUUGUUUUGCACCUCAUGAGAAGGAACAGUGUAGGCGACCUGAAAUGUGCGCUUAAAAGAACAAGAAGUCUAGUUGAAGAAUUUUGUUUCGAAAUAAUAGCCACUAUUGACACCUGUUGUUAUUAUACAACCAUUGAUUGUAUGUCAGAUACAGUAGAUGAGUAAGAAUUUUGAGCCCCUCGUUUGCAGAAUACAUUUUUUUAGACUGCAGGCAUCGAUUUAAAAAAAUAAAUAAAAAAAUCAAAAUGAAUGAAUAACGUUUUGGAAUAGAACUCUUCAGCUAUACAUGAUGAAUGCACUGCCGAUGAAUGCCAUGCCCAGUUUUUUUAAACUGUCUGCCACAGCCUUGCAUCAAAACUCUUAUGAUUGUUGGCCUUGUCGCUGUGACAAACCGUAGUGUAGUUUUCCACACCAGGGCUUCCAUCUUUGUCCGGGAGUUACUCCUGAAAUCCAUCUUCUUUGUUAUUUGCCAGUUGACUUGAUCAGUCACUCUCUGUACAGUAGCUUUAAAAAGGACCAGACCAGUGAGUUUGCAUGUUUUAGCCCAUUUAGUACAAAUCACAUACUUUGCAUUACUGCUAAUCCAUUGCUUUCCACUCAAUUUCAUAUAGUAUGAAAAUCUACCAGAAGACCCUUAAUAUAUAGCUUGAAACUUGCUUGACUUGUAUAAGACAUCACAGUGAACAUCAGGUCCCAUUAUUGUUGCAUCAUAAUUGAAGUAGGGCUGGGUAUCAUUUGAAAUAUCUGUUUCCAUACCUAAAUGAUACUUUUGAUACUGUUCUCUGGAAAAAUGUAAACAUUUUUUGGUUAUCAAGAGGCUAAACUUCAAGUUAAAUGUCCCUAAACACAAAGAGCAGAACAAGAAUGUUUUUGAUUUAAAUCAGUAACUUUUCCUUAUUAAUCUGCACUUGAACUUGCAUUACAGUUACCCUACAUUAUGCUAAUGUAGGGUAACUAUAAUGUAACUGACAAAUAUUAAUGCAAAGUUGAUGUUCACUGUGAUGGAUUACAUAACUCAAGCAAGUUUCGAGAGUCUAAUCCAUUUUCGUACCAUGAGGAAAUGAAUGGAAACCAAUGGCUGCUUAAAACAGUAGGAAAAACUGUGUGGUAUGCAUUUGAUAACAGUCAGUAAAAAUGUGACUAAUACACUUGAUUUGUAAUUAAGGGGCUAACACUCCCCAAACACAUUUGGGGUGGUUCUUUAAGUUUAAUUUGGCCCAUAGACAGAGUCCCUUUGACCUGCUGUGGAGCCGUGGCUAAUGGUCACAUGACACACCUGUGGAUCCAUCUGUGGUAACUGCUGCCUUUCAACGACCAAACGUCUACUCUUUUUGGGAAUCUUUAGCUCUCUGUCUUUCUGUGAACUGAAGGACCAAAAAGGCAGAGUGAAUUGUGGGAAUCUCCACUGAUCAUCUUAAAUGACACCAGCGAGACCUUUUCUGAUGGCCAUUACUGGGACAAAGAGACACACAACUUGACUUCUGAAGUGUACAUGCAGUCUCUCACCGCAGUGUUUUCCGAUCUGUCUACUCCUGUUGCAAAGUUAGCAGUUUGUGUUGGUCACACUGUAGCGACUCUGUGGUAGAAGCUCCAUCUUGUUCCCCCUUUACGUUUCCCCUCGUCUGUAAAUCUACAUCGCAGCAGAUGUUCUUACUGUAAAGUUAUUGUCAACGAUUUGAGCAAAUAAAAUUAAAAAAAAACUAAGUGAUGUCAUACUUGUACAAAUGAAAGCUCAAUAAAUAGAAGACUUGAACAAAUGUUAA